AUGUUUAUCCCGCUUUCUGCGAUCCCCCUUCGAGCUGGUUCCCCAGUCGCUACUCUUCCCCAUCCGAACAACCAUCUGCGAAAGCUUGGCGCCACCUACAACCCAGAGCUUCCCAUCAGCAUUGCCUUUGGACUUGUCAGUCUGCAGCAAGGCUGGAAGCCAGGAUCUAAGACCUGGAAACAGAACUGGAAUGCCUGUAUGAAUGCCGAAUAUGACCGCCUGAUUGGAUACCGUGUAGCCAACCUGGCAACAUGGCAGGAGCUGUGUGCCAAAGUAGGCAUCAACGAUUCAUUCACUUCCAUCAACCAGUGCAAGAAGGCUCUGGUGCGUGUGCACGUCAACCUUGUUGAUCUUCUAGAUUGUUGGAACGCAGACCACACCCCAACUCGAUUCAAGAGCAAGAAGGCCCUUGCUACAUACACUGAGAUACAUAGCAAGUUCUUUGGUCGUCAUAUCGCCAAACAGGACAAGGUCCUCCGGGUCCUCCUUCGAAAGCUUCUCUAA